AUGCUGUACCAAGCCGGGUCAAUCGAAGAGGCCGCGGAGUCCGAGGAGGAAGAAGCGGAGGGGGAGGAGCCAGCGCGCAGGGAAGGUAGUACCGCCGGGGGAGGCGGAGCGGAUGGGUGGGGGGGAGGAACGGGGGAAACUGACGGGCAAGAUGGCCGCGAGGGAACUGCGCCUGGGGGAGCCAGAGAAGGGGGGAAUGAAGCGGGCAGCGGACAGAGAGUCAAGCGGGGGAAGCUCGGGCGAGUGAGCUUUGCUGCUGGCACGUGGGAACUCGGCGCAAUGGAGGAGGUUAAUAACGAGGAUGCGGCAGAUGACAGUGGAAUGAAUGCACCCUACGGCGACGGGCAAAGCGGGGUCGCCGGUCUCGGUGCUGACACGUGGCACUCCGCCGCCGCCGGCAUCUUCGUUUCCGCCGCUUCCGGCAUUUCGUCCGGUUCCUCCGCGUUCCCCGGCGAUUCCGACGCGGAAGAGCCUUCUAGCGGCCCGUCGUCGUCGGCCUUCUACAACGAUCUAUUUGGGAUCGGCGAGGCGCCGUUGAUCAACCUGAUCCGACGGUACCACGACGCGCUCACCGCGCACGGGCUCGCGGACGAGGCGCAGGAGAUCGCCGCGUCCGCCGCCGCGCGCCUCGUGAGCAUCAAGAGCAUGGCUUCGCGCAGGCGGGGCGCGGCAGACGAGGAUGAGGCGGAUGGGGAUGAAGAGGAUGAGGAGGGGGACGGGAAAGGGGGAGAAGGUGGGUGGGGGCCGGGGCGGAUGGAGAACGGGGAGGUGGGGGAGGGGGAGGUGGUGAAGAGCGAGGUGAUGGUGAGGGAGGGGUUGCAGAAGUAUCUGAUUGCCAUGCAGCCCAACCUGCUGUGCGCGCAGCCGCAGGUGGUGACAUUCAGCCACGUGGCAGUGACAAAGAAGGUGGUGGUCAUCCCGGAUCAAAUCAAAAACUGCUUCAACGCGCCGUAUUUCAAGCUCAAGGCCAUCGCGGGCUUUCAGAAAAAGGAGACCAUUCACGUGCUCGACGAUGUCUCAGGCUUCCUCAUGCCAGGGACUCUCACACUCCUCCUGGGAACCUCAGGUAGCGGCAAGUCCAUGCUCAUCAAGCUGCUAGCCGGCCGCCAGCCCGCCACCACCGGCACCGUCUCGUUCAACGCGCACCCCAUCACGCCCUCGCGCGCGCAUCGCCUCGUGGGGGUGGGCUUCGAUGCCGACUGCCACCUCCCCGCCCUCUCCGUGCACGAAACCCUCGCCUUCGCCCGCCACUGCUCGUACCCGCUGUCAGCCAAGCAGCUGCUGCAGCACCCCAUGCUGAGCAAGGCGCUGCGGGCGAGCAUAGAGAGGGGCGAGGACCCUCUGGUGGCGUCCCGAGAGGCCAUGUUUGGGCUGCGACGGCAUGCGGGAGAGAAGGUUGGGUCGGGGGCGCUGACCAGAGACGAGGUGCACCGGCUGACUGCUGCUGAGCUCAUGGUUGGCGCUUACCCGGUGCUGCUGUUUGAUCGCAUCAGCCAGGUGUAUGAUGGGCCCUCCACACACAAGACGCUCACCAUGCUGCGCACCCACGCACAGGUGCGGCAGCACGCGGUGCUGUGCUCGCUGCAGUCGCCCACACAGGCGGUCUUCUCCCUCUUCGACCGGGUCAUCGUGCUCAACCAGGGCAACAUUGUCUACCAGGGCCCCUGCCACUCCGCGCUCCGACACUUCCAGCAGCUCGGCUACCUGAAGCCACUACACAUGUCAGUGCCGGAGUAUCUGCAGCACGUCACCACGGAGGGAGGGGGCGCCCUCAGAUCCGGCAAGAGGAAGCUGCUGCUCGAGGGCUUCGUGCGUGCAUACAAGAAGUCCCCUCAUUACAAGAACAUCCUCCGUGUCACAAGCCACCCCACGCCUCUCCUCCUCCUCUGGAUCUCCGGGCCGGCAUGCCACGUCCUUUCCCGGAUCCGCUGCGCGAUCGCCGACGUGGCACCUGACGCCACUUCAGCAGACGCCAGCGCUCCAGACGCUGCCACAUCAGCUCCAAACGGCGAGCAGCAGCAGGGCGCUGCAGCAGGAAGCAGCGGAGCAGCAGAGAGCUCGUCGGCGGGAGGAGAAGCUAAGGGGUUGGGAGUGUCAUCUUACCAAGCAGUAGUGGUGACAGAGUCUCGUGUGAUAUUCGAUGAGGACGGGGGGGAAGGAGGAGUGGGGGCAGGCGAAGCUGAUGGGGAGGGACGAGGGGGAGGGAGAGGAGCGGGAAGGAGAGGGGGAAGGGGAAGGGGAGAGGGGGGGCAUUUGGAGGAGGGGGUGGAGGCGACGGGACCGGUGUGUGUAGGAGACGUGGUGGUGGCAGUGACGGUGGGCGAUCGGGGUGAGAUGGAGUAUGCGAGGUAUGCGGGGGGGGAUGUGCCGGUGGAGGAGAUAAUGGAGAUGCUGGAGGAGGUCAGGGACAGCGCCACAUGGCUGCAUCUGGAGCUGCAGCGACCCCUCAAUAUAGUCACACAGCCGGAAAAGGCAACUCAGUGCGGCGAGGAGGAGGAGCAGACGGAACACCUGUUGACGAGUAGCAGCCAGGCUCCCAGCGACGUGGAGGCCGGCUGUGCUGCUGCUGCUGGUGGGGCUGCUGCUGCUGGUGGGGCAGCUGGUGAGAGUGCACAGCAGGGAGCUGAUGCGGCUGAGCCCCCGCCUGGCAGUGCUGCUGCUGCAGGCGCAGAGGCUGAGCAUGUGGAGGCCAAGGCCAAUGACACGCGUGUUGACAUCCAUGACCAUGACACCCCUGCUGACGCCGACGACACACACGCUUUGGUCAGCCACAUUGCCCGGUGCGACAGCGCCCGAGGAGCAGCAGGUGAGGACGACAAGGGAGAGCAUGGAGAGGAGGAGGCAGACGCGGUCGCAGCAGCAGGGAGCACGAAGCGGGGCAACGCGAGGGGCAUCCAGUCGCUCCCGAAGGCCAUCCCCCACGCCAUCACGAAAGCCUUCAAGAGCAUCGGCCUGUCUGCAUUCAAAAGGCUGCAGGGCAGCAGCAGCAGGAGGAGGAGCGGCGCGUUCAUGCAGCUGCAGGGGGUGAAUGCCGCAGGGGCUCUUAAAGCCAUGAACCUGUCGGCUGCGGCGACGGCGUCGCGCGCGGCGGUGAUGGCGGGGCUGUGGGGGGGGGCGAACAGAGAGCUGCUGCGCAAGGAGUUGAUUCUGGACAUGUGGCCUGAGUUUAAGUUGUUGUUGAGGCGGCAGUUGCAGGUCAAUCUGCGGAACUGGAGCUUCAUUGCUGCCCGCCUGCUGCUGGUAAGUGGGAGGAGAGGAGCUGGUGCAGGCGAGGGGAAGCAUGUGGUGCAGAGGACCUCUUUGUGGGCUUCGACCUGCUCAGUCUCUUACACCUCCCUGCAGGACCUCGUGGUCACCCUGCUCGGCCUCUUCGUGGGAUUUGAUUUCUUCCAGCUGCCAGCCGAACCGCCGUCCUUCGCGCACCUGAACCUGCGGAGGGGCGUGAUGCAGAUAUCACUCAUCACCAUGACGGUGAACAAUGUGAGCCUGCUGCCGGGCUACAUGCUGGAGCGCCAGGUGUACUUCAAGCACCGCAGCGCGCGCUUCUUCCGCACGCGCUCCUACGCGCUCUCGCAGCUCAUCGCCAGCCUGCCACUCUCCAUCGUUGAGGCGACCAUCUGGUCGGUGCUGGUGUAUUUCCUCUCGGGCCUCACGCUCUCCGACUACGGAGCGCACUUCUUCAUCUUCCUCUUCGUCCUCUCCCUCGUGGCCAUUCACGGCGCUGCCAUGAUCCGCUUCAUCGCCUUCACCUCCCGCACCCUCCGCUCCGCCGCCUUCGCUGCGGCCAUCUUCAUGGGCCCCGGCAUGUUCCUCUUCGGCCACAUCCUUGUAGCCAAGGCGCUUAUACCGAGUUUCUGGAUCUGGCUAUACUGGAUCAACCCCAUGCAGUGGGCGUCGACGGUCCUAGCGAUCAACGAGCAGCGGAAGUACGUUCCUGUGCAGUUCUGCCCAGCUCCUGCACUCGUCCCGACCAACAUGCCGUACUGUGUGGGGCGCGAGAACUGGCCGAUCGGCCGAGCGUACAUGGAAGAGUACAGCUGGAACUACGAAUGGGGGUAUUUGAUCGCAGGGCCGUUUGUGAUUCUCGCGUGGAUUGCCAUUUGGACGGUGGGGACGUUUCUGAGCAUGCGGCCGCAGCACUACAGCACCUUUGCUGCGCCCGUGAGAGUGCUCUCAGAGGCCAAGCGCGGAGGGAAGCGGGCUGGUGCGAGGGAGGAGGGGAACGGGAAUGGGACUGGGGGAGGAGCAACUGGGGGAGGAGCAACUGGGUCAGUAGCAGCGAGGGUUUUGGGGGCAGUUACGGCUGCCAUGGGGGGUUCAUGGCAGCGGAGGGGCAGUGGGAAGGAGGGAGCAGCAGCGGGCGGAGGAGAGGGCACCUCCCAGAAGAAGCCUGGCGGAGCAGAGGAGCAGGGAGGGAUGGGAGGGCAUUCGAGCUACAGGGAUGUGGAGUGGGGUCCUGGUCCUGCCGUUUCGAGGGACGGCCAUGGAAGCUCAACAGCAGAAGAAGCAGCAGUGGCAGCGGCGGCAGCAGCGGCAGAGGCAGCAGGGGCAGCAGAGGCAGCGAUCAUGGACUGCAACAUUCCCUUCACCCCGUACAUCAUCACGUUUGAAAACCUCUCCUGCUCCGUGCCGCUGCCCUGCCCGCCCGAGAACGCCUGGGGGAAGUCUUCGGUGGGCGCUGGUGGGGAGGCGAGGAGGAGGAGUGAGGCGAGCCGGUGCCUGGUGCGGGGGGUGACGGGGUGGGUGAAACCGGGGGAGGUGACAGCUGUGACGGGCGCCAGGGGCACAGGCAAGACCACUCUGCUCAACUGCCUUGCAGGCCGCAAGAUACCCGGCAAGGUGAAUGGCCGACUGCUGGUGAACGGAAAGCCAAGGGACCUCCCAUCGUUCCUGCGCACCACUGCAUACAUCCAAGGCGCCGACCUCCUCUACCCGCUGCUCACCCUGCGGGAGAGCCUGCUGUACCGCACCACCCUCACUCUCCCCGACCAAGUACAAGACGAGCAACGCCGCGCGUUCGUCGCGCAGAUUUUGUCUCUUACGGAGUUUACGGGCGGCAUGGCGGACAGCCUGGUGCAGGAUAUUCUGGCGGACGGCGUGGGGUCGGCGUAUGUGGAGAAGCGGAUCGUGUUUGCAAUGGAGAUGGCGGGCAACCCCAGCGUCGUGUUCUUUGACAUGCCGUUCCUGCGCAUGGACACCACUGAAGUGGCUAAGUUCUCCGGCAUGCUCAAGCACGUGGCGGCAGCAUGGGGGAGAGCGAUGGUGGUGGUGUCGAACGCGGUUACCGCCUUCCAUCUGAACGCCUUCCACUCGCUGCUCAUGCUGGGCAGCGGGGGGGACAUGGUCUACUUUGGGCCAGCGGGCAGGAACGGGAACGCACUGGUGGAGUAUUUCUCGGCCAUCCCAGACACGCCCCCAGUGCCCCCCCACACAAAUCCCUUUACAUUCAUGCUUAACGCUCACCGCCUCUCCAAUCCCCUCAACUCCCCCCCCCCAUACCCCCUGCGUGCCCUUAUUUCCUUCCUCCUGCAGGAGUAUUUCUCAGCCAUCCCGGGCACGCCCCCAGUGCCCCCACACACGAACCCCAUCAUAUUCAUCGAGCACCUGCUGGGGGACGACGCCACUGCCACCCGGCAGCGCGCCACCGCGUGCGACUACGCCGUGGAGUACCGCGUCUCCGAUCUCGCUAUGCUCAACGCCCACCGCCUUUCCGCUCUCCGCCGCGGCGGCGCUGCUGCUGCUGCCGCCUUUGCUGACCACGCCGCUGCUGCCAAUCUCGAGGCUGCCAAGUCAAUGGGCAGGGAUGCUGCUGCUGCUGCCGCUGCUGCUGCCGCCGCUAGUGGCGGUGGUGAGAGUGGGAGGGGAUUCGUUGAAUCAGGAGCGGGUGGCAUGGAGCACGAGAGCGCCAGCCUGGCAAUGGUGGCGUCUGACUCAGCGUGGUCCCUUGCUGCGUUGGAGCAGGAAGAAGCAAUAGCAGCCAAGGGGGCAGAAGCCUUAGCAGGGUCAGUGAGCGGGCGUGACACCGGUGCUGCUGCUGCUGCGGCUGUUGCUGCUGCUGCUGGUCUGACUGGAAGUGAGUCUGCGGAGGGAGAGGGAGAAGGAGGAGGGGGUGGAGGAGGGUGGCUGAAAGCCAAAGGCAUGAUUCGACGCCGAGCAGCAUCCGCUGCAGCAGCAGCUGCGAUAGUGUCAAACGCAGCAGAAUCCCACGCAGCAGCAGCCGCAGCAGCAGCAGCAGCAGCAGCAGCAGAAGCGGAAGCAGCGGCAACAGCAGCAGCGGAAGCAGAAAGCACCCCCAACGAAGAAGCCACGCCAGCCGAGCCGCUCCUCCUCAUGCCCGCGCUGCCGCCCGUGGCAGUGAAGCUCCCGAGCCCAUGGCGCAAGCUGAUGGCGGUGCAGUACAGCAUCCACCUCUUCUACUGGCGCAACACCUCGCACUCCCUCAACCGCAUCAUCCAGUCCUCCAUCCUCGGCCUCCUCAUCGGCUCGCUCUUCUCCCAAUACCCCGUGCACAACCUGCUGCAGGUGAGGGCACAACCUGCUGCAGGUGAGGGGCACAACCUGCUGCAGGCCACCACAGCACAGGAGUUCCCCUCACAGUACUGGCGUUCGGCACGACGCGGCACGGAGGCACGAGAGAGGGGGGCUGGCCAUUCUGAUCUGCUCCCUUUUGCACCCCUCCUCUCCCACCAACCAUCCCCCUGUGCGCCCCACGUCUCUUGUGCAGGCCACCACAGCGCAGGCGUUCCCCUUCGCAGUGCUGGCGUUCGGCACGACGCGGCACGGAGGCACGAGAGUGGGGGGCUGGCCAUUCUGAUCUGCUCCCUUUUGCACCCCUCCUCUCCCACCAACCAACCCCCUGUGCGCCCCACGUCUUUUAUGCAGGCCACCACAGCGCAGGCGUUCCCCUUCGCAGUGCUGGCGUUCGGCACGACGCGGCACGGAGGCACGAGAGCCACCACAGCGCAGGCGUUCCCCUUCGCAGUGCUGGCGUUCGGCACGACGCUGCACGGAGGCACGGCGGUGGGGCUGGUGAAUCAGACCAAGAAGGUGUUCACCCAGGAGCGCAUCUACAACCAGCACUUUGCUUUCCUCUACACGCUGGGCUACACCGUGGUUGAGAUCCCCUACCUGCUGCUCACCUCCCUCGCACUCGUGUCAGUGGCAGCGCCACUGGCGGGCCUGGCAGUGAGCAGCGCGGCGCUCUUCUUCUCCUUCGGCCUCACGCAGUUCCUGGCCGCUCUCUCCGUCACCUACUUUGGCUUCAUGCUCUCCGUGCUGCUGCCCCACCCCAAGUACGGGGCAGUGGUGAUUUCCUUCUUCAUCACGGCGUGGGUGGCGACGUGUGGCUUCUUCCUGCCCUACGCCUUCACCAAAAACUUCUUCCUCGCCGUCUAUUGGACCAACCCCAUCCAGCUUUACCAAUCACCGCCCCUUUCUCUCUUCUUCUUCGCUGCACUCCUCCCAUCACCCAUCCUUCCCAUACCAGGCCUGUCUUCCCUCCUCAAUCUUUCUCCCUGCAACCAUUUCCUGGCCUACAGACCUACUGUUGUCCAGGCACAGUGUAGUCACUUGUCAGGAUUCUCUCAACUCCUGUGGCAUCGCCUCUGCACCAAUCUCCCCUCUCUCCUCUCUACCCCCAUCCCUCUCUUUCCCUCUGUCCUCAUCCCUCUCCUUCCCUCUGUCCUCAUCCCUCUCCUUCCCUCUGUCCUCAUCCCUCUCCUUCCCUCUGUCCUCAUCCCUCACCUUCCCUCUGUCCUCAUCCCUCUCCUUCCCUCUGUCUUCAUCCCUCUCCUUCCCUCUGUCUUCAUCCCUCUCCUUCCCUCUGUCUUCAUCCCUCUCCUUCCCUCUGUCCUCAUCCCUCUCCUUCCCUCUGUCUUCAUCCCUCUCCUUCCCUCUGUCUUCAUCCCUCUCCUUCCCUCUGUCUUCAUCCCUCUCCUUCCCUCUGUCUUCAUCCCUCUCCUUCCCUCUGUCUUCAUCCCUCUCCUUCCCUCUGUCUUCAUCCCUCUCCUUCCCUCUGUCUUCAUCCCUCUCCUUCCCUCUGUCUUCAUCCCUCCCUCUCCUUCCCUCUGUCUUCAUCCCUCUCCUUCCCUCUGUCUUCAUCCCUCUCCUUCCCUCUGUCUUCAUCCCUCUCCUUCCCUCUGUCUUCAUCCCUCUCCUUCCCUCUGUCUUCAUCCCUCUCCUUCCCUCUGUCUUCAUCCCUCUCCUCCCCUCUGUCCUCAUCCCUCUCUCCCCUCUCUCCCCAUCCCUCUCCCCCUCUGCCCCUAUCCCCGUUCCCCCACGCAGUACGCCCUGAACGGCCUCACAGCAACAGCCUACUACUGCAACACCUCUGCACCGGAGUGCACCAUUCCGGGCUGCCCCGGCACCAGUUCAGCCUGCGACAGCUGUCCCUGCAAGUGGUACCUCAACCCCAUCAGCGGCCCUGAGUAUCUGUGGAACUUCCUCGUCGCCACCAAGUCGGCACGCAGUGCCGUGCACUGGGACUGGCUCUUCCUCCUCUGCUUCUGCGUCUUCUGCCGCGUCACUGCCUUUGCUGCGCUGCGCUUCCUGCGCCAUAACCACCGGGCAUGA